AUGAGGCUCUUGGAAACAGCUCAAGGCUCACAGCCCCUGGGAGAAUUCGUCAGCUUUGAAGGAGACAAUGCCCCAAACUUUGCCAUCCUCUCCCACACAUGGGGGGAAGAGGAGGUCACGCUGCAAGAUGUGCGCGAUGCCCAAAAGGACAUCGGACUGAUGGCCGGCUACCCCAAGAUCACGGGAGCUUGUCGACUUGCCCAGAGCCAGGGCUACGACUACAUCUGGAUCGACACUUGCUGCAUAGAUAAGACGAGCAGCGCCGAACUAUCCGAGGCCAUCAACUCCAUGUUCAACUGGUAUGAGCAGGCUGGCGUUUGCUUUGUCUACCUCUCCGACUUGGACUAUUCGACAUACCGGCAGCCUGAGAACGCUGCUCCGUUGGAAGAGGCCUUGCGCGAAUGCCGCUGGUUCACCCGCGGCUGGACACUCCAAGAGCUCAUCGCCCCUGACAAUGUCGACUUUUACGACAAGAACUGGCAUCUCAUCGGCUCCAAGCUCGACGGGUCGCUGGGCCCCGCGUUGGCAAACGUCACGGGGAUCAACCUGGAUAUAUUGAACAAGACCUUACCCUUGGAGUCUUCGAGCGUCGCCGAGCGCAUGUACUGGGCAUCGUCGAGGGUCACGACCCGGAAGGAGGACGUGGCAUACAGCCUGAUGGGCAUCUUUGGCGUCAACAUGCCGCUGCUCUACGGCGAGGGGAUGAAGGCUUUUGCGCGGCUGCAGGAGGCCAUCCUGCAGGAUACGGGGGACCAUUCCAUCUUUGCGUGGCACAGCAACUAUGAGACUUCUACGCAGGAAGCCGUGUUUGAUCAGCAUAUUUUAAGCAGCCUGUUGGCUCCGUCGCCGGUCGAAUUUUCCCAAUUUCACUAUCUCCUCCCCCUGCCAGCGUUCGGGACGACGGGUCAACAGCCGAUCCAGCUCACCAAUCAGGGCAUCAGGAUUUCCAUGUAUCUUGAGCCUGUAAACGACAAAGGCGGUGAUGGUAGUGCGGCGGACGACUUUUACGCUGUUCUGGACUGCGCGAUCCAAGGAGAGAACGGGGAUCAGUGCCCGCGGAUCAUGCUCCGGAAGCUGGCGGGAAACCAGUACGCCCGGGUCCGGACGGGGAGCGUCUGUACAGCCAUCCCGGCGCCGGAUUCGACGAAGCCCGGGAGGGGUAGCUACAAGACCGUUUUCGUCAAGCGGAACCCGAUGUACGUGCUUCCCGAGAUUUCGGUCCUCAAGGCGGGCUGGAAGAUGGGCGGGAAUCAGGAGGCCUACCUGGUGGUGGAUUCGUAUCCAACGGGGCCGUGGGUACCGAGCUUGGGGAUCUUGCGGACGGGAAACCCGUAUUUUGAGCCAGUGCUUGCUGGGUUGAGAUUUGAGUCGCCGACGAACCCGCGCAUUCAGGUCGAUGUUGUUGUGGGAUGGAGGAGAGCGGAGGAAGGUUGGAGGCUAUGGUGCCAUGCAUGCGAGACGCAAGAUGAUUUGGGCAUUGACGCGCUAUUUAGAGACAUAUACUUUGCUGCUUCUGGCGAAUUGGAUCCUUUCUUCAGAACGGAUAUGAAGGUGAGCGUCAAGGUCCGCCCAGAUGCUAGAGAAAAUGGGAGGACUAGUGGACCUGUCAGUGGAAGGAGCUUUGAGAUUCCUGUACACGUUAGGUUGGUUGAGGUUGACAGGCUGGGGAGGAAGGGGUUGAGGAUCGAGUGUUGUGCACCGUUGCAGCCACAAAUUCCUGGCUAUCAAAGGACGGGACAUUUGCCGUGGGAGGAGUAUUGA